CAGCGAUGCUAAGCAGUCAGAAGUUCAAGUUUUGAUAAGAAAGUGUACUUGCUUUGACUAUGUAGUUUGGAUACCCAUUACAAGGUGUGUGGUCAGUUAUUACAACUUCACGAUGGUGUCAAACAGAUGCCGUGUACGCCUUCUAAGACAAGUUCUCUUGUACGUCAUUAUACUUUUUGGGAGCAUCGUAAUAUGGAUGACGUCACGGAGGUACCCACUGCUGGACAAAUUCGACCACAGCACCAACAAGAUUCCAGUCGCAAAUCUCACAAACAACAUUAUAUCUGAUAAACUGGGAACUUUAAAAUACACCAUAGUGAGGGACUCCAACCCAAUGGCCUUAACUGAUUAUUUUAAUCCAAGGGAAGAAAUUGUAAAUCCAUUACCGAACAAAUAUGUGAUAAAACCAAAGAAUAUGUGUGACGACCCUCCUUUUCUGGUCAUAAUAGUCUGUUCUAUACACUCUCACACAAAUGUCCGAGACGCCAUCAGAGACACAUGGGGAAGUGUAGGUCACGGCAGUGCGUGGCCCGGAUCUGACGUCAGACUUCCAGUGAAGAUAUUGUUUCUGUUUGGAAAGGUCAAAAUGCCAAGCAUGGAGUAUCUCAUUAAGCGAGAAAGCAAAACAUACAAUGAUGUAUUGCAAGGGGACUUUACAGACAGCUACAAGAACCUUACCUUGAAAACAUUAAUGGGACUACAUUUUGUGGCAAAAGCAUGUCCUGCAGCUGAAUAUGUUCUCAAGGCGGAUGAAGACACAUUCACGCAUGUGCAAUUGCUUUAUCAAUUCCUUCGGACAGUGCACCCUGUCAACAGUGUAAUUGGCCACAUUUACACAGCAAGUCCCGUACGGAGAUACGGCGUUUGGGCCGUAUCAUUUGAAAUGUAUCCGUAUCAUGAUUACCCGUAUUAUGCGUCGGGAACUACGUAUGUGCUGUCACGUGACCUUAUUGAAUGCAUCACUAAUACCUCGAGUUAUCUCCCUUACCUUCCGAUAGAGGACGUGUUUGUGACAGGCGUCAUGGGUGUUGUUUGUCGCGCCACCCUGGUAGAUGUAGAAGGGUUUACCUACUGGCUUCAGAGGGCGCCGGACCCAGAGGAGUUUACCAUUGGAAACAAGCUGUCGGGGAACAAAGUAUCUCCAGGACUGGCCAGGGAAAUAUGGAAGGAGCUGAUAGAUUUUGAUGCAAAACCAGCAUACCUGAAUGUGUCAUCUGUUUGAUAUUUCAUUAUUGUUCAUACUGUUUACAUACAUGUACUUAAAGAAAUAAUUACAGAAAAGAGGAAUCGGGUGAUCCUAUAUUAUUAUUAAAAUUAUUAUUAUUGUUGUUCUCCAAGAGUUUAAUAAAGUAUGUUGAAUCUC